AUGCAAAAGUUGGAAUGGGACGACAUGGGAGUGAAGGUUGAUGGUCGGCAGCUACACCAUUUGCGCUUUGCUGAUGACAUCGUGCUGAUAACACCUAGCAUCAGUCAAGCGGAACGAAUGCUGAUCGAAUUCGACGAAACAUGUGGAUGCAUCAGUCUUCAGCUGAAUCUACAAAAGACGAUGUUCAUGCGGAACGGAUGGGUCUGGGAUGCCCCAUUUACGCUCAUUGGAGCGAACAUAUCGGAAUGCACCAGCUAUGUUCAUCUUGGUCGGGAGAUGGACAUGAAGAACGGCGUGACCUCCGAGCUGGGCAAGAGGGAACGAGCGGUUUGGAGAGCGCACAAGAGCAUCGAGGAUGUAGUGAGGAAGAAUAGGAACAUCCGGAUCCUUCCUCACCUCUUUAAUACCAAAGUACUUCCUGGUUUGACCUAUGCUUCAGGAAAGUGGGAACUUGGCAAGCAGGAAGAAAAUCCGUCAAUGAAUGCUCCAUGA